AUGACCGAGGGAAAUGGCUGUCAGAGGACUGGAAGCCAGAGGGCUGGAAAUGCAUGGGCCCCCAAAAGGCUCACUGCAGAGAGGGAGUCCAGUAGCAAAAAGCCAACUAGGAUUCUCAGCACCAGCCAUCCCUUCCUGAAUCGAGAUUUCCCCCAUGACAAGGAGAGCUCAUGUCAUACAUCAACGCUGGGGGUAUGGACCAGAUUCUACAAAUCAGACCCACGCAUUGCUCUCGGAAAAUACUCCCCAAUGGAAAAAAAAAUCCUACAUCUGGGCGGCAUUCACACCACAGCAGCGAGGAGGUUUCUGGCUGGCAAAUUCAGCGAAGAAUGGAAAAUGCUGAGAGAGCUCCAGUUACAAUCUUCAGACUACAAAAAGGUGACAAAAGACAAAAAAUUCCCCACCUAUCCUUGUGUUUUGUGUGAACGCCCAGAGAAAUUAUGGACAGCAAAGGUGGUGGUGCCCGCGGAGGAGUUCAAGAUGCCCCUGCGAGAGAAGGUGGACAUCAGCAAGCACGUGACCAGGAUGCAGCUGGCCAGGACGCGGAGGCUGCAGCCGCAGGAGCUGCGCACAGGGAGGCUCAGGAGGACGGAGCCAGGCCUGGGUCCCGGGGGAAAGGACAAAGCCAAAGAAGAGGGGGACAGCCAGUCCGGGGACAUCUCGGUGGCUACCAAUCUGGAGCAGGGGGAGGAGGCUGAGCACGCGACCACAGACUCGCAGGAAAUCGCCAUGGAUGUCAUUUUCAAGGCAGAAGAACCCCCAAGAUGUCUACUACGGCAUCGAAACGAUCUCAAGCCCUUCCUCCCUGUCAAGAAACAGGAACGAACCAUCACAGGCCUCACGAACAGAAACAUCCUCCCUGUGGCUGAAUUUCCCGGAGACCUAAUGCUCAUGAGACAGCAUUUCAUCUCCCGGGGACUCCACCCCAGUGAUGCCAUUAGGACCUACUGGCUGCCCGAAAAAAAUACCUGCCAGGUGCUAACGUACCCACCUCCAAACCUGUAUUAA